CAUAAAUAAUACCCAUUUCCUAAUUUUUUUGGUUCACAAUUAUGAUUUUGAAUGUGAAUUGAAUAGGAUGUUUUUAUUCAGUAAAGCUUCUUGCUGAUUUAUUGUCUUUUAUUGAUCCUUCCAUUCUAUAUAUUCAUCAAAUUCUUUGUCUCCUCAAAACCCCCUCUCCCUCCCAAAGGUUGUUUUCUUGUGCAACAUUUCAUUUCGCAAGAUAUAUACAAAUUCAAAAUUCUGGAGAAUGGGAGAGAUGGCUUCUCUUUGGAGUUAUGCUGAGCAUGGAGAAAUGGAUGAAUUGGGGCAGAAGCUGCUGUACACGAGCCUGGAACUGGAGAAGCUGAAAUCAGAAGCGAUGGAAGAAAUGCAGAAAAACAAAGAAUACGUGAAUCAACUGAUCCAGCUCCUGAAAUGCGCCAUCGAAGAGCGAGACGAAGCCAGGAGGCAGCUCGACAAACUCACCAGCGCCGCCGCAAUCUCUUCCCCCUAUUUCCAAGGCGGCGGCGACACCUCUCUGCUGAAGCCGGCGGCAAAGGCCAAUUCGAGCAUAACCGAAUCCAACAGCUUCACCGACACGCAAAACUAUCACUCUCCCGCCGACUCCAUCUUCGACGCGGCAGCCGUUUCUUCGCCGGCGAUCGUCCAAGAUCCCGUGGUGGAUCGGGCGUCGGUGAUCAUCGACAACCUCUCGAGGGGGAGAGUGCUGCCGCGGAAGGGGAUGCUGCUGCAGGCUGUUCUCCAGGCAGAGCCGCUGCUGCAGACACUGAUGGUGGCGGGGCCUCUCCCGCGGUGGCGCAACCCGCCGCAGAUGCAGCCGUUUCAGAUACCGCCGGUGUCUAUCAAACGGCAGCAGGUGAUGAGUGGCUCAAUUGUGUCGAAAUUUGGUGAUUUCAAUCACGGGACCAAUGCUUCUCUGAUACCGUCUGCGGCGGUUAGUAGUAGCGGCGGCGGCGGCUGCUUCCAGUUGCCAAAACGCCAGAGGUUCUGUUGAAUUUAUUUAAAGUUACAAUUUUUUUGUACAAUUAGGUGAUGAUGGAGGGCGCCUCGUGUAAAUGGAAUUAAUACUUAUUUGAUUAUUUUGGUUGAAAUUUAUGAAAUUCUAUGUGCUGCUAAA